GUCCAAACUCAAAAGCUGGAAAUCUGUUUGUUUCUAAGACCAAGACGGAGGAGUUUCCCAGUGGGACUGAAUCCUAUUUAAUCCACGCUUUAAACAUUCUUCCUUUUCAUCAAUUCCCCAAGCCAUAAACAUGGCGAAAUCCCAUUUUCUUCCACUAGCUUUAACGUUCAUCCACUGUUUCAUGGUUAGCCACGCCAUGAUUGAGAGAAACCUCACCACUGAUCAACAUCUUCUUCUCCAAUUUAAACGCCAAACCGUUGAUCCUCACAACAUCUUAGCCAAUAGCUGGACUGCCACUCGCUCAAUCUGCGACUGGAUCGGCGUCUCUUGCGCUGCCAAGCACGGUAGAGUUCAAGUUUUGGAUCUUUCCUACAUGAAUCUUACCGGAACUAUCUCUCCGGCGUUAGGAAACCUCUCUUUCUUAGCCUCUCUUAAUCUGAGUGGCAACGGAUUCCACGGAGAUUUACCCAGUGAGUUGGGACAACUGAGUCGUCUCAAAAUCAUGGACUUGAGCUUCAAUUCCCUUACCGGCGAAAUCCCGUCGUCAUUCGGAAGAGUAAAUCAAAUGAUUCACCUGAAACUGCGGAACAACAGCUUGAGCGGCGCGAUCCCUCGCUCGAUAGGUAACAUAUCAAGCAUGGAGAUUCUGGAAUUGACAUUUAAUUCCAUCCAGGGUGACAUUCCUCGCGAGAUUGGUAGUCUUGUGAAUCUGCGAAGACUUCGUUUGGGAUUUAACAAGCUUUCUGGGUCUAUACCGUAUUCCAUUUACAGCAUGUCCCGGUUGCAGUAUAUCUCCUUAACAGAAAACAGUUUGUCCGGCCAAAUCCCAGAUGAUAUAUGUCACCAUCUUCCCAAUCUGCAGAUACUUGACCUGCGCGCAAAUAAGUUUUCAGGUCAAAUUCCAACGAGUGUGAACGAAUGCAGGAAUCUUGUAGCUCUAGCAUUGGAUUUGAAUCAAUUGAGUGGCGGCAUUCCCACGAGUAUCGGUAAUUUAACCGCGCUCCAGGAGCUAACCUUGGAUGGAAAUCAUUUAACAGGCGAGAUCCCUUGGGAAAUUGGAAAUCUGGUGAAUUUGCAGAUAUUUUCAGCUAUAAACACGACGCUUACCGGACACAUUCCAAGAAGUAUUGGAAAUUUAAGCAGUCUCAUAGAGAUAUAUUUAGGCCCUAACAAAUUACAAGGUGAAAUUCCAGAGGAGAUUGGAAAUCUUGGGUCAUUAGAGAUAUUUUCAUUAGCAAAUAUGAGCUUAACUGGGGUGAUUCCACCUUCUCUUUUCAACAUUUCUUCUUUGAGAGAAAUUUAUCUCCAAUGGAAUCAAUUAUCUGGCAAAUUACCAGAGAUGAGCUCGGAUUCGAAUCUUGAGGAGCUUCACCUAUGGGGCAAUAAUCUCAGCGGAAAUAUCCCAGAAUCUAUCUGCAAUGUUUCCAAACUCACACACAUUGCACUGGGCGCAAACUCCUUCUCUGGUCACAUUCCAAAAAACCUUGGCAAUUUAAGGUUCCUACAGGACUUACUCCUCUGGAAAAACAAAUUGACCACCAAUGGUGAGUGGAGCUUUUUCCCCUCCUUGCUCAAUUGCACAUCCCUAAUAACUUUAGACCUGUCAGUCAACCCAUUGAGUGGAGUUCUUCCUACUUCCAUUUCCAACCUCCCGGCAUCGCUCCAAUCUUUCUCAGUCGCCGACUGCAACAUCGGAGGCACCAUUCCCAUGGAAAUCGGUGACUUAAACAAUGUCAUUAUGUUACAGCUGAAUUCCAAUAAAUUUAUUGGAUCCAUUCCAGCGUCAAUAGCAAGGUUAAAGAACCUCCAGCUUUUGAGUCUUGAUGGAAACAAGUUGCAAGGCUCCAUCCCGCAUGAUCUUUGUGGUUUGAACAGACUGUACGAAUUAACAUUAGAUGAUAAUGAGUUGGAUGGACCUUUACCCGCAUGUUUGAGUGAGUUGACUUCUUUGCGAAAAAUCUCCUUGUCCUACAACAAGUUUCAUUCUUCAAUACCUUCAAGUUUUUGGAGCUUGAAAGAUAUCUUGGAAGUAGACUUGUCGUUCAACAAUUUCAACGGUUUGCUUCCAUCCGACAUCGGAAAUUUGAAGGUUGUUAAUCGUUUGGAUUUGUCCGGAAACUUUUUCUCGAGCGAUAUACCUCCUGCUAUCGGAAGUCUUCAUGAUGUACAAGCUCUAGUUCUUUCUCAUAACAGAUUGCAGGGUCCUAUUCCUGAGUCGUUAGGUGACUUGCUGAGUUUGAAAAGGUUGGACUUAUCCGACAACGAUCUCUCCGGAGUCAUUCCCGAAUCUCUCGAAAAACUUCGUGACCUCGAGUAUUUUAAUGUGUCUGUAAAUAGAUUGGAAGGGGAGAUACCGAGUGAAGGGCCAUUUUCAAAGUUCACCGAUCAGUCGUUUGCGAAAAAUUUUGCACUAUGUGGUUCACCUAGAUUUCGAGUCUCGCGUUGUGUCCAUCGACAUCACAGAAAGACUCCCUUACAAGUGUUGAGGUAUGUUUUGCCAACAUUUGCCUCAAUCAUCAUACUUGCUGCCUUCAUAGUUGUUUGCAUACAAUUAAAGAAGAGGAAGAAGAAGAAGAAGAGUACGGAUUUGGCAAUCGGAGAAGAUGCAAUUCCUCUCAAGGAAUGGAAAAGAAUUUCGUAUGAUCAGUUAUCAAAAGGGACGGAAGGAUUUAGUGAAGCAAACAUACUUGGUUCAGGAAGUUUUGGCACUGUAUAUAGAGGACAACUUUCAGACGGGAAACAGGUUGCAGUGAAAGUGUUUGAUUUGCAAACAGAGGGAGCAUUCAAGAGUUUUGAUGUCGAAUGCCAAGUGAUGAGUAAAAUCAUCCAUCGUAAUCUUGUCAAGGUCAUUACUUGCUGUUCUAAUCCUGAUUUCAAAGCCCUGGUGCUUGAAUUCAUGCCGAACGGAAGCCUGGAGAAAUGGUUAUAUUCUGCUAACCAUUCCUUGGAUAUCCUGCAACGAAUCAACAUAAUGAUAGACGUUGCAUCGGCAUUAGAAUACCUCCACUCGGAAUAUUCAGUUCCGAUAAUCCACUGCGAUCUGAAACCGAGUAAUGUCUUACUAGACAGAGACAUGGUUGCGCACGUCGGAGAUUUUGGAAUUGCCAAAUUAUUAGGAGGAGAAGAUUCCAUCAAACAAACGAUGACACUGGCUACUAUUGGCUACAUGGCACCAGAGUACGGAUCGGCAGGAAUAAUCUCGGUGAAAAGUGAUGUCUAUAGCUAUGGUGUUCUACUGAUGGAGACAUUCACUAGAAAGAAGCCGACAGACGAAGUUUUCGUUGAAGAAAUGAGUUUGAAGCGUUGGGUGGAAAUGUCAUUAUGUAAUGGAAUAAUGGGGGCAGGAGAUUCCAGUUUAGUGCAGGAAGAUGAUGAAUACUUUGUUGUUAAAGCAAACUGUAUAUCAUCGAUUAUAAAACUAGCCUUGGAUUGUUCAGCCGAAUUACCAGAAGAUAGGACUGAUAUGAAGAAUGUUAUCUCCAUGCUCAGGAAUAUCAAAAGAAAAUUUCUCAACGACGUUGCACAAGAUUAAUACGGUGAGGAAUGCAAUUAUUUCUCUGCAUAUUAUAACUUAUUUUGUUAGCUACUUCUCUGCAACUAUGUCUUACCAGUUGAACUUAUG